AUGCGCUUGCCGCUGGCGCUCGCUCUCGGCGCGCUGCUUGGGGCCGCCCAGGCAAAAGUCGUGAUCCGAGCCGACAGCAGCUCAACCGCGCCGGCCGAAAGUGGUGAUUCACCAGCAGACUCGACGACGCCGCCUCCCACCUCGUCGCCGUCAUCGACUCCUCCUCCGGGCUCCUCGUCCUCGCCGAGCGCUGGGGGCGGCGGCAGCACCACGACCAUCACCCAGACUGACACCGUCACCAACACCGCGGGCGGCAAGACGUCAACAGCCACCAAGACUCUGACGACCACGGUCACAACCACGGUUGUCGUCACCUCCACGGCCUUCACGACCACCACUGUUACGAGCAGCAACGCGCAGACGGCCACCAAGACGGAGUAUGACACCACCACGGUCUUUGUGACGCCCACACCCACCGGACCUGCCCAGAAGCGAAAUGGAUGGAUUGUACCGAGAACCACCGCCGAUGCCCAGCCUUCUUAUGUCCCCAGUGCUGAAGAUGUCGAGCAUUAUCUGGCUAUGCGUGGUCUGCAAGGGCGUGAUAUCGUCACCGAUGUUGUGACGGUGACUGUUGGAGGAGGUGGCAGCGAUACCACGAUUACCGAUACCGUCACCAAGACUGUCAAGGAUACCACAACAUCCCGCACUACCAUCACCAACACCAUCACUGAGACGGAUCAAGUCAACGCCAAGACCACGAUUACCACCACCAGCACCUUGACCGUCACCUCCACUGUUGUUAGCACCGGCGUCGUGGAGACAUCAACUGGCCCGGUCAGCUCGGCCACAGGCGCUGCCAACGGCAAUACGGGACAUGCCUCUGAUAGCUCUGGCCUGUCUACCGGCGCUAAGGCUGGUAUCGGUGUCGGCGUCGGAGUCGGUGGCCUUCUCCUCAUCGGUGCCGCUCUCUUGCUGAUCUUGAGACGUCGCAACCGCGGCCCUAGCCCUGAUCACGAUGAUCUGGUCGGUGCUUCUGAAGUCCCGAUUGGCGGCGGUGGUGGAGGCGGUGGUCACCAGCAACCCAUGUCUUCACACACCGCUUCCGCUGCCGCUUUCCUUGCCCCCGGACGUACCCCAGUCAAGUCACCCGCUCCCGAGGGUUAUCGUGGUACCGCUUUAGGCGAUGGACGUGCUGGAUUUGCCAAACCAGAGCCGUACGGUUCAGCCUACAACACUCCCAGCCCGACUACCACAGCGGCAAACACCGUUAGCCCUGCUUCAUUCCCCUCGGCUCAGCUCGCUCCUGCUCAUGCUGAUGCAGCAGAGCUGGGCAAUGACAACCUCAACGCCGCGAAAUGGCAUGACUCCAAUGCCGCCGAAAUCGACGGUAACGCUGUCAUGAGCCACCAGAGUGGGCCUGUGUACGAAAUGCCCACGCAAAACUACCACUAA